AUGUCACAUACUCUUGAAUAUGAAUAUGAAAAUGAAUUAUCUAUUGAUUCCGAAUUGAUUUGUGCUGCUUGUUUAAAUCCAUUCAUUAAACCAACAUCAACAUUAUGUGGACAUAUAUUUUGUCUUUAUUGUAUUAAAUUAUGGUUAGAAAAAGAUUUAUCAUGUCCAAUCUGUCGUAAGGUAUUAAUCAAAAACAAUUUAAAACUUGUAACUGAUCAAAGUCUUCUUAAAAAACUUGAUCAACUUCAAGUUCAAUGUACAUUAUGUCAUCAAGCACAUAUAAAACGAAAACGUUUUGAUUAUCAUAUAGAUAAUCAAUGUCCAAAAAUAAUUGUAUCAUGUUCAGCUGCUGAUAUUAAAUGUUCAUGGAAAGGACAACGAAUAGAUUUACAAUCUCAUGAAAUGAAUUGCAGUUAUUGUUUAAAUCCAAAACUAGCCAUUCAUCAAGUUCCAAAGAAUAAAAUAACAUCAAAAUUUACAAAUUCGCAUAAUUUAAAAAUUGAAAAUUUAAUUAACCAAUAUACACUGUAUUCUAAAAUCUCAUUAAAUAAUCAAUAUCUAAAUGAUAAUGAUAUUUCAGUAGUUAUUAGUUUGGCAAUUAUAAAUAAAAAAUGUAAAAUUCUUGAUUUGGGACAUAAUCAAAUUGUUUCUCAAGGUAUUAUACAACUUGCUGAAAGUUUAACAAAUAAUACAACAUUAAAAAUGCUUUCUCUUCAUCAAAAUUCUCUAUCAGAAAUUGGUAUUCAAUAUCUUUCAACAAAACUUUCAUUAAAUAAUUCAGCUCUUAAAUGGCUUGAUCUUGAAUCAACUGAUUUAAAUGAUAAUUGUGCAGAAUAUUUGGCUAUCAUGCUCAAAACAAAUAAAUCCAUUACUGGUUUAUGGUUAUCAAAUAAUCGAAUAGGUUAUCAUGGUGUGGAAAUGUUAGCUUUGGCACUUACUUAUUAUAAUACAACUCUUAAACAUUUAGAUUUGGAAAAUAAUCAAGGAAUAAAUGAUUCAUGCUUGAAUUAUCUUAUAGAUAUGCUUGCACAAAAUCGAUCAUUAAAAGAAGUUUAUUUAAAUGAUUGUCAAUUGUCAAUGUCAAGUAAAACAAAACUUCAAACUACAGCUGAUAAGAAACAAAAUUUUCAUCUGUUUCUUUGA